GGGGUAACACCAGCUGCUACUAAGUACAAAACUAUUGGCUACAACUAGGGAGACUCGUCUUUCCAUUUGAACUGCGUUUCUGCUACUUCAAUCAUUUUAGUUGUUGUUUGGAAUUAGGAUAUUUCGCAUUGUUAGGAAGGAGAAUUACGGUUGUGAAAAUUGUUGAAGUGCGUAAAUCAUGGACGUUUGUGACUGGACUUCUGAUGAAAGUAUUGACCUUGAUGCACUCUCACCACUGCCUCCAUUAGUGAUAUGGACCAGCAGAAGAGCAGUUCCGUGUACUCCACCGCCAACUGCUCCAUCUUAUAGGACACCUUACUCAGCUCUUCAACACGCAUACCCCAAUAGCGGUUAUCAAGUAGCCACAUCAGAAGUCUCCUCUUCCCAUUAUUCUCUUCAGAGUACCUCUUUCUGCCCGUGGAGUACAGAAACAUCUAUCUCCGGUGUCCUUCAAGACCAUCCACCCAUGGACCUGGUGUCAGAAAUCUCCAGGGACCCUCGACGAGAAAUCAAGAGGAGCAAGGAUUCAAAGCCCAUUGAUGCUUCAAUCACAGCUGUCGCAAACCCAAGUUUGGAUCCCUUGACAUCGGCUGGGGAGAAGGAGCAAAUUUCACAAGAUGAAAGUAGCGCAACUGUUAAUGGGCAUCCCGAACCCGUUUCAAAACACUCCACAGGCUACGAGGAAGUAGCGUUUCACUCUGAAUAUGGCAAUUACUCCAGCAAAUCUGCCGAUAUGAACGUUCACGCCGGGCUUGUGCCCAACUUCGGCCAUUUUCCAGUAUCUUCUCCAGUGGCUAGCUUACCUGACGUUCCCAAAAACCUCGUUCGUGACGGGAUCAACAAUCGUCAUGCCACUGAGCUGGUCCAGGACGUAGUUUGUCAACUUCAAGCUGACCUUCUAAAUCCAGACAAUACACUCUGUGAAGAAACCGGAAAGGCACUUGAACGCCAGCCCGAUAGGCUCGAUCGUGGACAUUCAAAUCCUGGAGAAAAAACGUAUAAAUGUAAGCAUUGCGAUACAUCAUUUUCUACACAGUCUUGUCUAGCAUCUCAUGAAUGUACACAUUCAGAAGAGAAAUUGUUCAAGUGUAAAGUGUGUGAUAAAUAUUUCACUACGCGAUCUUAUCUUACCCGUCAUGCACGACUUCACUCAGGAGACAAAACGUUUGCGUGCACGUACUGCGCAAAGCGGUUCAGUAGCAAUAACGAUCUACUUGUUCAUAAACGUAUCCAUACCGGGGAGAAGCCAUACAAGUGUAAUUACUGUGAUAAAAAGUUUUCCCAAAGCCACAGCGUGACAGUUCAUGAACGUACCCAUACUGGAGAGAGGCCAUACAAGUGUAAAUUGUGUGACAAGUCAUUCAAGAGGUCAGCACACCUCACAGUGCAUCAACGCAUCCAUACUGGUGAAAAACCAUACAAGUGUAAAGUAUGUGGAAUGGCAUUCCGUCAAAUGUCAACUCUCGCAUAUCAUCAACGAAUCCAUACUGGGGAGAAACCAUGUUGGUGUAAGGAAUGCGGAAAGUCUUUCACCAAGAAUUCCGACCUAAAACGUCAUGAGCGGAUCCAUCCCUGAGAGAACCUGAUCAAUUGUCAGCCAUCGUGACAAGUCUUUCAAUGUGCAAAACAACAUGGAAUACCAUGCAAAUACAAACCCAGUAAACAGAAAGAUUGUUUUAAAGAUUAUGGAAAAUGUUACUGAUAGGCCCGUUUUGAACCACAAGUAGCGUAAAUGUCGUUUACAAUCCAAUCCGAUAUCGAAAAGGUCACUGUUUACAUGCUAACUUCAACCUGUGCAACAUCCAAAACAUUAUCAUUUUCAUUGUGUUCGAGUUGUUAUGUACUGUUUCAUUCCUUGUUUUCUAUUUCAGUUCUACCAUAGACGGAACGUUUUUCUAUAUUUGCCAUUCAAUAAAAAAUUCAAUUGCGCUACACGUGUCUGUAUGGUUCUUUUUUGACAAAUCAGUCCUGCUAUAUAUCGCUUAUCCUACUUCUGGAGCACGCAUGCCUGGUACGUAUCUUUUCGCUUCAAGAGGCGCUGUGCUGUUUUCAAGUUCGCACAUGCUGAUAAAAUAUUGUGCAUGUAUGUAGCAAUGAUCCCAAGUGUAAUCUUGUAUAGUAACGUUCUACUACUUAUCAAAACUAUUCGAAUACUAUCUCACUGUCCAUUU